UUUGAAAAAUUUUCGCGGAAAACAACGAUACAACGCGGCGAACACGAACGUCGAUGAAACAAUCGUCGCGCGCACGUAGCGGCUACUACGUUGAAAAACAAGAGACAAUAACAAGUUUUGUCAACAAAGAGACUUGAACAAGUUUUUGUUGAAAAAACGUUUCUCCGAGCAAGCCGUCGAGGGAAACGAUUGUAUAACAUGCGAUGAUGCAUUGUAAUCUGCGAUUAUAACCUAACCUAACCUGUCUCCCGAUGCGUGUUUCACGCGACUUUCUCGCUCGUCACGUGUGCGCGACAAGAAUAGCGUUGUUUUAACGAGGAUUUUUAAUUACAUACGCGAACACAACCGAAGACUGAAAUUUUCACAAACAUGAGCGAGGAGAAAGAAGAGAAAAAAACGGAGCAAACGCGACACCCGGACGACUGGAUGAUAAGACCGUGUCUGGUGUACAAGGACGAGUACGACGAUUGCACCAGCUUGAGGGCUCGUUUCAAUCAGUACUUCAUCUUCGGCGAAACGUUGGAUUGCAACCAGUGGAACACGGAUUAUCGCAAUUGUUAUCAGUGGCAAAAGUACAAAUCGGACGAGGCAUACGACCAGCUGAUCGAGAGCGAGAAGAAGCGUAGGUUGCAGCGACUACGCGCCCACUACGCGAACAACGUCUGGGAAAAGAGAGAAAAACCUCCGGACAACUGGAACAGUCCGCUGCCCGAGUGGAUGCAAAAGGAUUUCGAGAAUUCGUAUCUCCACAUACGAAGUCAGCAAAUGAAGGGCAAAAUGGAAGACGGUGUGGUUUCCGCUCUUGAUUCGAAAUGUACUAUAUUAUAACAACCGUAGAUAAGAUUGGAGCGAUUAGGUACAUAACGUGUAAAUACAUGUUUAUAUUUAUUAUAUCCCGUACAAUAUGUGUAUCUGUUAACGUUAAGUUUUUGCAACACGCUGUGAUAUUUAUCGAAUAACUUUCGUUCACGAGGUAGCUUGUCCCAAUGAUCAGACACGUAUCGCGUAUCAAAAAGAAAUAAUUACAACAAAUUGUUUGUAUAAAGUUAGAAAUCAAUGUUUAAAACCAUCUUAAGAAAA